AAAGACUUAGUGAAGUAUUUAAAGGUAAAAAAAAUGUUGUCUGGGAUUUGUUUUGAAUGUUCCGGAUGUAUUUAUGAUUUACUUUUUCAAAGAGGAAAACUUUUUAAUGAAAAAAUAAAGAAAAAGAAAAAAAAGAAAAACAUAGAGACACAUGGUGGCGCUACAGGAUAAGACGAAAACUGUACAUAGGCUGGCACAGUGAGCUUCGCUAUUCAGAACAGAAAGCAUCCAACCCACUGAAAAGACAGGCAUUAAAGGAGCUUUGCCUACAGAGCUGCUGGAGGAUACACUGUCCAGGGGGUUCCUAUUAAAAACCAGAGCUUCAGCUUCCAAAAUUAGGGCUGAGCUUCAAUUUUUCCACAAGAGGUUGCCUAAAGGAACCAUGGAGAUCAGAGGGUCACUCGAUCUACGAAAAAGGCAAGUUCUAAUAUUCCUUGUUUUGCUGGGAUUGUCUCGGGCAGAUACUGAAUCUGCACACUAUUCUGUGGCAGAGGAAACAGAAAUUGGCUCCUUUGUGGCUAAUCUAGCGAGGGACCUAGGGCUGGGGGUGGAGGAGCUGUCUUCACGUGAAGCCCGGGUAGUGUCUGAUGAUAAUAAAAAGUAUUUGCACCUUGAUUUGCUGACUGGGGAUUUGCUCCUAAAUGAGAAACUAGACCGAGAUGAGCUGUGUGGCUCCACCGAGCCCUGUGUGCUGCAUUUUCAGGUGGUUUUGGAAAACCCUUUACAGUUUUUUCGGGUUGAGCUGCAUGUCAAAGACAUAAAUGAUCACUCCCCUACAUUCCUAGACAAGGAAAUACUUAUUAAAAUAUCAGAAGGUACCACUAUUGGAACUACAUUCCUAAUGGAGAGUGCUCAAGAUUUGGAUGUCGGAAGCAACAGUCUCCAAAACUACACAAUUAGCCCCAAUUCUCACUUCUACAUUAAAAUUCCAGACAGUAGUGACAGAAAGAUAUACCCAGAGCUGGUCCUAGAUAGAGCUUUAGAUUAUGAACAGGAAGCUGAACUCAGAUUAACACUCACAGCACUGGAUGGUGGAUCCCCGCCCAAGUCUGGGACAACUUUGGUUCUCAUUAAGGUGUUGGACAUCAAUGAUAAUGCCCCUGAGUUUCCUCAGAGUCUCUAUGAGGUGCAAGUCCCCGAGGAUAGACCCAUUGGCUCCUGGAUUGUCACCAUCUCAGCUAAGGAUCUGGAUGCAGGAAACUAUGGGAAAAUAUCUUACACAUUUUUCCAUGCAUCAGAAGAUAUUCGUAAAACAUUUGAAAUUAAUCCAAUAUCUGGGGAAGUUAAUUUGAGGUCACCCCUGGAUUUUGAAGUGAUACAGUCCUACACUAUAAAUAUUCAGGCAACAGAUGGUGGGGGUCUUUCAGGAAAAUGCACCCUUCUAGUUAAAGUUAUGGAUAUAAACGACAAUCCACCAGAAGUGACCAUAUCGUCGAUUACAAAGAGAAUUCCAGAGAAUGCCUCAGAGACUCUAGUAGCUCUUUUUAGUGUAGUAGACCAAGACUCUGGAGACAAUGGGAGGAUGAUUUGCUCUAUUCAAGAUAACCUCCCUUUUUUCCUGAAACCGACCUUCAAGAACUUUUUCACUCUAGUUUCUGAAAAAGCACUGGACAGAGAGAGCCAAGCAGAGUACAACAUCACGAUCACCGUCACAGACUUGGGGACCCCCAGGCUGAAAACCGAGCACAACAUAACCGUGCUGGUCUCCGACGUCAAUGACAACGCUCCCACCUUCACCAGAACCUCCUACACCCUGUUCGUCCGCGAGAACAACAGCCCCGCCCUGCACAUCGGCAGCGUCAGCGCCACAGACAGAGACUCAGGCACCAACGCCCAGGUCACCUACUCGCUGCUGCCGCCCCAGGACCCGCACCUGCCCCUUGCCUCCCUGGUCUCCAUCAACACAGACAACGGCCACCUGUUCGCCCUCCGAUCGCUGGACUACGAGGCCUUGCAGGAGUUCGAGUUCCGCGUGGGCGCCACAGACCGCGGGUCCCCGGCGCUGAGCAGCGAGGCGCUGGUGCGUGUGCUGGUGCUGGACGCCAACGACAACUCGCCCUUCGUGCUGUACCCGCUGCAGAACGGCUCCGCUCCCUGCACCGAGCUGGUGCCCCGCACGGCCGAGCCGGGCUACCUGGUGACCAAGGUGGUGGCAGUGGACGGCGACUCGGGCCAGAACGCCUGGCUGUCGUACCAGCUACUCAAGGCCACGGAGCCCGGGCUGUUCGGCGUGUGGGCGCACAAUGGCGAGGUGCGCACCGCCAGGCUGCUGAGCGAACGUGAGGCGGCCAAGCAUAGGCUGGUGGUGCUGGUCAAGGACAAUGGCGAGCCUCCGCGCUCGGCCACCGCCACGCUGCACAUGCUACUGGUGGACGGCUUCUCCCAGCCCUACCUGCCUCUCCCUGAGACGGUCCCCGCCCAGGCCCAGGCCGACUCGCUCACCGUCUACCUGGUAGUGGCGUUGGCCUCAGUGUCGUCGCUGUUCCUCUUGUCGGUGCUCCUGUUCGUGGCGGUGCGGCUGUUCAGGAGGAGCAGGGCUGCCUCGGUGGGUCGCUGCUCGGUGCCCGAGGGCCCCUUUCCAGGACAUCUGGUGGACGUGAGCGGCACCGGGACCCUAUCCCAGAGCUACCAGUACGAGGUGUGUCUGACAGGAGGUUCCGGGGCAAAUGAGUUCAAAUUUCUGAAGCCGAUUAUCCCCAAUUUUCAAGUUCAUGACACUGGUAAGAAUAUGGGGGAAAUUGAGAACUUUCGAAAUAGCUUUGGAUUUAACAUUGAAUAA